CUCAGUGUGUUUACGUCUGGAGCUUUAGACGUGGAAACAACAUGGAGGCUACAGAGGAAUAUGUGUUGUGUCACUGCUGAGAGUGUCUGAACAACAUGUUUGCGGUCCAGUGAAGAGGCUGUCCUCCUACACCUGUAGCUGCACCAGUAUCACCUGCACUCUCUAAAACCAGUUACAUUCCUGUAGAGAAUAUGGACCACCUGCCGGACAACAACUCCAGGUACAAAGACGUUGACUACUGGGAUGAAAGAUACAAGACGGAGCAGAGUUACGACUGGUUGGGCAGCUUCUCCAAAUUCCAGCACAUUCUGGAAAACCACGUCAAGAAAGAAGACUCUAUUCUGAUGCUUGGUUGUGGAAACAGCAGUUUGAGUGGCGACAUGUACAUCGCUGGCUUCCGCUCCAUUACCAACAUAGACUACUCCUCAGUGUGCAUCAGUACUAUGAGUGCCAGGCACAGCGACUGUCCCGGUAUGACCUGGCACGAGAUGGACGUCCGCCAGCUCUCCUUCCCCGAUGCGUCCUUCGAUGUCGUUCUAGAGAAGGCCACGCUGGACGCCCUCAUGGUGGACGAGAAGGAUCCAUGGAGGUUGUCUCCUAAGACCACCUGUUUCAUUCACAAGGCGCUCACAGAGAUUAGUCGCUGCUUGAAGCCCGGAGGACGAUUCGUCUCCAUCACCUUCCACAGCCCCUUCCUCAGGAAACGCCUCUACGCUCGCACCGAGUAUAACUGGUCGAUAAAGAAGUUCAGUUACGACGGAGGUUUUGAAUAUUUCGUGUAUGUAAUGACCAAAGGAGAGAAGCUCAGCCCAGAGGAUGCAGCGCUGGAGAAGAAGCUGCUAGAUGAUGCCAAAUCCCCUCCUGCCAAGGUCACCACAUUACACACUGAGCCUGAUGAGGACUUCCUGUCUAACAUUGACUUGUAAAAUACUGGACUAUCUGUAGGAAUUUUAGGAAAACAUUAUCUGUGAUAUAUUUAUACGUCUGUACUGAUCAUGUGUCUUGAUAAAAUAAUCAAAAAUCA